AGCACCGGCCCAGCCAUGGUCCCUGAGAUGAGCAAAUACCAAGUGGUGCUAGAAGCCUCGGAUUGGCCCUUCCUCCAAGAAAACUAUAGCUCUUCCUAUGACUUUGGAGACAAUGAGACAGAUGUCUGCUGUGCCUUGCCACCCUGCCUACAGGAUUCAACCCAGAGCUUUAACCGGGCCUUCCUGCCCGCCCUUGAUGGCCUCCUCUUUCUGCUGGGGCUGCUGGGCAAUGGUGCGGUGGCAGCUGUACUUCUGAGCCAACGGGAGUCCCUAAGCAGUACCGACACCUUCCUGCUGCACCUGGCUGUGGCUGAUGUACUGCUGGUGCUGACUCUCCCGCUCUGGGCAGUGGAUGCUGCUGUCCAGUGGGUCUUUGGCUCUGGCCUCUGCAAAGUGGCAGGUGCCCUCUUCAACAUCAACUUCUAUGCAGGGGCCCUCCUGUUGGCCUGCAUCAGCUUUGACCGCUACCUGAGCAUUGUGCAUGCCACCCAACUCUACCGCCGGGGCCCGCCAGUUCGUGUGACCCUCACCUGUGUCAUAGUCUGGGGGCUCUGUCUGCUCUUGGCCCUCCCGGAUCUGAUUUUCCUAUCAGCCCACCAUGACGAGCGCCUCAAUGCUACCCACUGCCGGCACAACUUCCCUCAACUGGGCCGCACAGCUCUUCGAAUGCUGCAGCUGGUCGCUGGUUUUCUGCUGCCGCUGCUGGUCAUGGCCUACUGCUAUGCCCGGAUCCUGGCUGUGCUGCUGGUCUCCAGGGGUCAACGGCGGCUGCGAGCCAUGCGGCUAGUGGUGGUAGUAGUGGUAGCCUUUGCCCUCUGCUGGACUCCCUACCACCUGGUGGUCCUGGUGGACACCCUGAUGGAUCUAGGAGCCUUAGCCCGCAACUGUGAACAAGAAAGUCGUGUUGACGUGGCCAAGUCAGUCACCUCAGGCCUGGGCUAUCUGCACUGCUGCCUCAACCCACUGCUGUAUGCCUUUGUGGGUAUCAAGUUCCGAGAACGGAUGUGGAUGCUGCUUACGCACCUGGGCUGCUCUAAGCAAAGGAGGCACCAGCGGCAGCCUUCUUCCCACCGGGAUUCAUCCUGGUCAGAGAUCACAGAGGCCUCCUAUUCGGGUUUAUGA